AGCUCAACUCUCCACGUUGUCUUCGUCAAGAAAAGAAGUUCAGAAAAGGAACGCUGCAACCACAUCGUUGGUGACGGAGCGCACCGCUAGCCGCGGCGUCAUGAAGCCCCACGGACUGGCGGAGGUGCCCUUCAUCGCUCAACCCUCCGCCCUCGUCGCCCGUUCCAUUUGCGCACUUUACUGGAAAGACGCGUUCCUCGGCAGCUGCGUGGCCAUCGCACCGUCCAUCGUCAUCACGGCCGGCCACCACUACAACGCCAACCGCGACGAUGUCGGCGACUUCAGCGUGCUGACGCGCCCCGGCCACUGGGCGGCGGUCGAGUAUGCAUCGAAGAACAGCUUCUUCGACGUCGUCGUUUUUUGGUUGUGCGAGGCGGUCGAGGCGCACGUUUCGCUGCGUGGAUUUCUUCCUGGCGUGGGGGCGCAGGUCGCAACGGUGUGGCUCUCGCCGAAGCCGCCGCACGCUGCGAUCGUGUCGCCCGGUGUCGUGGUCGAGAGCGAGCAGGAGAACUGCGUCGCACGCGGUACCGUGAGCACAACCGGCUCGAGCGGUGCGCCCGUGGUCGACGUGUUCGGUGAGCACGUCGUCGGCCUGCACCUGACCUCCAACACCCGCGAUGGAUCGCGCGUUUCCGGCUUUCUCCCUGCACGCAAGCUCGUCUCGUUGCUGGCAGAGAUGGGUGUAAACCACGCACGAGUCCAAUCGUGA